GAAUGAGGAGCUCUGUCCAGUUGCUGCAUUCCUCCCUAGGAGUUUUUACUGCUUUCAUAAGUUUAAAUUCACUUCUGUCUUCUCAUUCUGGGGGUUAAAUUCUCCCCCUUCACUGGAAAGGUCAGAGCCUGUAUUCCCAAGGUUUGUUUUUAGAGGCAGCCCCUGGCUGAGCUGGCAUUGGACACUUGCUUGAAUCGCUGCCAUUUCCAAAUUUAAGUCGGGGCUGUCCUGCUCCGGGACCGAGGGAGCUCCAGCUCAGAGUCACUGCAAGUGAGCCCCUUUCUCAGGAAGACAGUUCAGAAAGGAAAGCUGAUGGAUUUCACAAGCACUGUCAUCAUCCCGCUGCUCUUUGGCAGCUUGGGGAUCUUUGCGCUGUUCCGGCUGCUGCAGUGGGUGCGGAUGCGAGCUUACCUGCAGGAAGCAGUGGUGGUGAUCACAGGGGCCUCCUCUGGCCUGGGGAAAGAAUGUGCCAAAGCUUUCCAUGCAGCUGGAUCCAAGCUGGUGCUCUGUGGCAGGGACAGUGAGAAGCUCAAAGAGCUGGUGCAGGAGCUUUGUGCUGUGAAGAAUCACCGCAAAAAUACACACGAGCCUCACACUGUGGUGUUUGACCUCUCGGACACCAAAACUGUGGUAAAUGCUGCUGAGGAGAUCCUGAAGGCCUUGGGUCACGUGGACAUCCUGAUCAACAAUGCUGGCAUCAGCUUCCGAGGCACAAUCGUGGACACAGGACUGGAUGUGGAUAAGAAAGUGAUGGAAACAAAUUACUUUGGACCUAUAGCCCUCACCAAAGCACUUCUCCCCUCCAUGAUCAAGAGGAGACAAGGCCACAUUGUGGCCAUCAGCAGCGUGCAAGGCAAAAUAAGCAUUCCUUUCAGAUCUGCAUAUGCUGCCUCUAAGCAUGCUACCCAGGCCUUCUUUGACUGUCUGCGAGCAGAGGUGGAGCAGUAUGACAUUGAAGUGACAGUUGUGAGCCCUGGAUACAUCCAGACAAACCUGUCCCUCAACGCUGUCACAGCGGAUGGAUCUCGCUAUGGAGUUAUGGACAAGACCACGGCCGAGGGACAGACGGCGGCCGAGGUGGCUCGGGUGGUUCUCAAUGCAGUGGGACAGAAGAAGAAGGAAGUGCUUGUGGCUGGCCUGAUGCCCUGCCUGGCUGUCUACCUGAGGAACCUCUGCCCCAGGCUCUUCUUCACCUUAAUGGCAUCUAGAGCAAAAAAGGAGAAAAAAGCAAAGGGCUCUUAGAGCUCAGCUGCCUUGAGCAGGGAGAGGCUGAGCCCCUGCAGUCAGCUGGGACAUCACUGGAGGUGCUCCUGCAGGAAAAUCCUUUCUCAAAAUGCUGUUUACUAUUGCAUGGAGACUGGGAAGUGGUUUCCCCCACACUGCUGGAGUAUAGCACCUAAACCUCAGCUGGAGAAGGAGGGGUGCUCGGACAGUGGGGGAGAGCUGAGGCUGCAGGGGAGGGGUCAGGGGAACACUGCAGCCAAGGGAGGCCCUGGCUGGGAGACUCCUCACCUCACUCCAGGCAUGCUCAGCUUUACUGGCCUGCUACAAAUAAAACCCACCUGUUCUGCCUUCACACGAGCAGACCUUGGCUGUCCCCACCCCUGUGAAAUACAGUCCUCAGCUGGGAGCUCUCGUGA